GUUGUAGGGCUAAGUAGACAUCAUGGCUGCUCAGAAAAAUCUCUGGGAUGUGAUUGUGAUUGGGGCAGGCAUUCAGGGCUGCUUCACGGCGUACCACCUGGCCAAACAUGCGAGGAGGGUCCUCCUGCUGGAGCAGUUCUUUCUUCCACACACCCGAGGAAGCUCACAUGGACAGAGCCGCAUAAUCCGAAAGGCAUACCCCGAGGACUUCUACAUGAAGAUGAUGGAUGAAUGCUAUCAGUUGUGGGCCCAGUUGGAGCACGAGGCUGGAAACCAGUUACACAGGCAGACUGGGGUCCUGUUGCUGGGAAUGAAGGAGAAUCCCAGAUUAAAGACAAUCCAGGCCACACUGUCCACGCAGGGGAUAGACCAUCAAUGUCUUUCAUCAGAGAAGUUAAAGCAACGUUUUCCAAAUAUUCAAUUCACUAGAGGAGAAGUGGGGCUCUUAGACAAGAUGGGAGGCAUCCUCUAUGCAGACAAGGCCCUCAGAGCCCUCCAGCACAAAAUUUGCCAGCUAGGAGGCAUCGUGAGUGAUGGAGAGAAGGUGGUAGAGAUAAGACCUGGCCUACCAGUCAUGGUGAAAACCACCUCAAGGAGCUACCAAGCCAACAGCUUGGUCAUUACAGCAGGUCCUUGGACCAAUCGGAUUCUCCGUCCCCUGGGAAUUGAGUUACCUCUCCAGACCCUUAGGAUCAAUGUGUGUUACUGGCGAGAGAAGGUUCCUGGGAGCUAUAGCGUGUCACAGGCCUUCCCAUGCUUCAUAGGACUGGACCUGGCCCCCCACCACAUCUACGGGCUGCCAGCAGGAGAGUACCCAGGGCUGAUGAAGAUUUGCUAUCAUCAUGGUGACAAUGUGGAUCCAGAGGAGCGGGACUGCCCCACAACCUUCUCAGACAUACAAGAUGUUCAGAUUCUAUGCCGCUUUGUCAGAGACCACUUACCUGGCCUGCGGCCUGAGCCGGACAUCAUGGAGCGUUGCAUGUACACGAACACUCCUGAUGAGCACUUUAUUCUUGAUCGCCACCCGCAGUAUGACAACAUUGUCAUUGGUGCUGGAUUUUCUGGGCAUGGAUUCAAGCUGGCCCCUGUUGUGGGGAAGAUCCUCUACGAAUUAAGCAUGAAAUUAGCACCAUCCUAUGACUUGGCACCAUUUCGAAUAAGCCGCUUCUUUGCCCUGGGCAAAGCCCACCUUUGACCCUUGGCCGGCAGCCUUCCUCCUGGAUAGGAGAACCUCCUACGGAAGACUUCUUGGAGGAUGAGGUGGCUUUGACAUUACUCUUUUUUUUUUUCUUGCUUCUCUUGAGUCUCCUGCAAACAUCAAACAAUUGAGGGCCUAUCUCUCUCCCUAUCGCUUCCCAAGUUCAACUCCCUUCUCAUCCCACAGAAGGUUGACCAGAGAGAUUCUACCACCACAGACUAGCAAAGAACUUUGAGAUGCAUAUCUUUGUAGGGAGAGGUCCUAGGAAUGGCUCAGUAGGUCAGAGGACUGGUUAAAAUUCUCUUUGCUUGGGGCUAGAGAGAUAGCUUAGCCAUUAAGAGUGCUGGCUGCUCUCGCAGAGGACCCAGGUUUGGUUCUCAGCACCCACAUGGCAACUCUGUAACUCCAGUUCCAAGGGAUCUGAUACCCUUUUCUGGCCUCUGCAGGCACCAGGCAAGCACAUGGUGCACAUACAUGCAGCAAGCAUUCAUAUACAUAAAAAUAAAUAAAUCUUAAAAUUCUCUUUACUGGGACAUUAGAUGAACUUGGAAUUAUUUUGAUUAAAUCUGCCCAGGGAAGGGGAAAAAGACUAUCUUUCAUAAACUACUAAUGUCUUUGGUGUUUCUUUGCCUAAAACUUGAGCCAUCCUCUACCAUCAACUCCCCAUACAAUCUCACCUUAGUUGCACAAUAAAUGUUGGAAAAAGAUUACUGGAAAAAAUAAAUAAAUAACUGCAUUGCAUAAAUGUUUGCAGAGGGAUUUCUUUUCCAUGUAACCCUAUUUCUUCUAGGCUCUAAUUAUCUAAAUUAGCACCAGAGUCAAUUACUCCCAGGGCUCCACAGCGCCUCCAUGCACUGCAACCCUUUCCUUUGCUUCUUUGUCUCUUCAUCUUCUCUCUGGAUCUGUAAAGAUGCUCAGCUCCCCACUCUCUCAUUAAGGUAUAUUGUCAGGUCCUUAUGAAGAUGGAACUAUUAUAGCAGAAAGAGAGAGACACACUCGCUUAGAAACCCUGUUCAAUGUUUGAAUGUUAAAUGUGCCAUUUUAUUAUCAUUAGGAUUGCUCCCACUUAAUGAAACAGCAUUAGCACCGCGUCGGCUGGCCUCCUUGCACUAAUUGCUUUGGAAGAGAACGGGCUCGGAACUACCCCAGGGUGGGUGGAGGGGUGAGGGUGUGGACAGGGACUCAGGCAAGGCUGAUGUGCAUAGAUGGUACCCAGAAAUGGGGGACCUUCAGAGUGGCUCAGCUCUAUCCUAGAGAACAGGCUCCUACAGGUUCUGAGGAGAGAGAAGCUGGAACAGGGUAGGGUGGCUAUGACAGAAGUGACUGAGUGGAGAAAAUGGGCAAUGGGACUGAGAAUCAAAACAUUCACAUGAAAUACAGCACAGAGGAAAUUACCUUUCGCUCUCCUCAGUCCUAAAAGACCUAGACGUAUGUAUUAACUAUGAUUUCUUCAGUGAGUUCCAAGAGCCAGCCAAUCCUGUCAACCCCAUGUCAAGUCUGCUUUUCAGGCAAUCUUCAUAAGGACCUGACAAUAUACUCAGUCUCUAUAAAAUGGGAAUUAUAAUACUAAAUAUACAUGGGUGUAUGAGGCUUAAAUACAAUCACACACUCAUUUAAUACAUAAAUAUUAAGUUAGCUUCUACUAAGUGCCAGGCACUGUGCCAAGCACCGUAGAUACUUCAAUGUGCUGGUUAGUUUUAAAUGUCAACUUGAGACAACUUAGAAUUACCCGGGAAGACAGUCUCAUUGAAGAAUUGCCUAGAUCAGGUUGACCUGUGGGCAUGUCUAUGAGAGAUUGUCUUGAUUGUUAAAUGACAGGGGAUGACCCAACCCACCAUGGGUAGCACCAUUCCCUAGUCAGUGGCCGUGGACUAUGUAAGAGUAGGGAAGGCCAGUGGGGUAUUGAGCAAGCAAGCCAGGAUCCAUGUGUUUAUUUUCUCUCUACUCUUAGCUGUGGAUGCAAAGCUUUAAGUCUGUCUCUGCCUUGUUUUCCUUCAACAACGGACUGAAACCUGGAAUUGUAAGCCAAAUAAAUCCCUUUCUUCCAUAA